AUGGCAGAAGGAAAUAAGAGGAACCGAAAUAGAGUGCCUCUGAGUUGUACUAUAUGUCGAAAACGAAAGGUUAAAUGCGACAAAACCAGACCUCACUGCACUCAGUGUGUGAAGGCUGGAGUGGCACAUUUGUGUCAUUACAUGGAGCAGACGUGGGCUGAAGAGGCAGAGAAAGAGUUAUCCAAAGAUGCAGAGCUCAAGCAAUUGCGAGAACGCAUAAAAGCCCUCGAGAAAACGCUUUCCAAAAUGCAUGCUUCCAGCAGUGGAACGCCAGACAGCGCAGCUGCGGGACUCGAAGAAGCUCCAGUCUCGCAAGGCCCAAAUAUUUCCAGCCAGGAGCCGAAACUACUGGAUAGUAGCAAGUACGACAGUGACGAGCUUGAUCUAACUCGGCAAUUUGAUAUGUUGCACUUAAAAAAUAAUGGAACCGUUCAUCUGGGCGCCACUCACUGGCUAGCGAUAAUGAAAGGCGACCCUUACCUCAAGCUUCUGUGGGGUCAUAUUUUCAUGUUGCGAGAAAAGAUGUCGGACUGGGUCUUAAGCAAGAGAAAAGGCCGAUCCGCAAACGCUACAGACAACAGAGAUACGCAUAAUAUCAAGGGCAGGUGCCCGGUGAUACAUCAACCUUCUUCUUCAACUUGUCCUGUGUCUGGUAUGUCGCGGUCUAAUUACCCCCGCGACGGUAAAUGUCCGGUGGAUCAUCGAGCAUUUUCCCCGGUAAUAAAUAAAGAAGGCAUCAAGGAACACUCUGAGAGCCCUGUGUUGACCGCAAACUCUCAGGUCUCCGAUGGAUCUGUUGCCAAGUGUCCCGUUGCUCACAAGUCGGACGCUACAGCCCAGACGGCAACUUGCCCGGUGAUGCACAAACCACUACAGGCUAAUCGACUUUCCGGGUCUGAAUCUCCAUCUUCAAUUCCACAGCCUGUCACUUUGCCGUCCUUCGACAAACUCACAUCAAAAUGCCCAGUAAUUCACGACACUUCACCGCCUCCGCCAGCCGGAAGUGCUACCCAUCCUGAUAAUAAGACGCAAGAUCAGGCAAUUGCAGAGUUGUGUAAAAUGCUGCCGCCCAAAAGAGUUAUCGCAUCAAUUGUUGAGAAGUUUUUCAAGCACAUUUAUCCCGUCAUUCCUAUCCUGGAUGAACGUAGCUUUAAGCAUCAAAUUAAUCAAAUUAUCCAAGUUAAAGAUGAAGGCAUUACGUUGCAGCUCUCCAAGCCUUCUGAUUGCUGUACGCUUGGGAUUCUGAUCAUUAUACUAAGAAUAACAUGGCUGUCCCUUCCGCAAAAUGCCUGUGACGUCGAUCUCGGCCCUCAGUGUGGGGCGCUUUUCAUUCCAAGAGUCUCGACCGCUACCGUUCUACAGUCGCGGGAAGACCAGUUCUUAAUGAGUUAUGAAACGUCAGCCAAAGCAAUUCACCUUGUGCGCAAAUACUUGAUUCGACUAGAUGAGCUCACCAGCUUUUCGAACAGCAAUGUCAACCUCACGACUGUACAGUUUGCGAUUUUCUACAAGCUUUAUCUGAUGUGCUGUACAGAGAAAACAAUCGACACACAACUCAACACAUUCACUUCUACGAGUCAGGACAAUGAGGCACACCAGAUGCUAUUGUCCAGUAUUGUUCAAAUGGCUUUCAGUUGCGGGCUCCAUAGAGAUCCUGACAACUUUCCCCAACUUACAGCUUCCACGAACGGGAAGCUCAACAAAGAAGCCGUUUCCAACGCCGAAAGGCUCAAGCACACAUGGCGGAAGACUUGGUAUGCGAUUGUGUCUCUUGACGUGCAACAAUCAACGUCUCUGGGCUCGCCUCGGCUUUUGCGUAAUUUGAGAGACUUUAGUGAUACAAAACUCCCAUGCUCGUCAAAAAUAGAUUAUGUUCGCGACAUCAAGGAGCUUAUCGUUGUCAAAAACUAUACUCUCUUCUUCCAAAUCGAUCUAUGCAUAGCGGCUGUACUCAACCACAUUCUCAACGUCUCCAUGGCCAAGACUGUCAGAAAGUUCGAGCUCGAUUCGCUAAUCAAAAUAUUGAAAAACCUGUGUUUUGGGGACGGUAACGUUAGCGAUGCUUUGACAAAACUGGUCAACAAGGGUCUUUUGUUCACUACAGAGGGUAGCGUUGUUGACCAGUCUCUGGAUGAGUUUUAUCCUCUACCCCCUCUGGAAGAAGUGCUCUCGCCCCUACCUUCCUCUGACUCUGACAAGGAGAAGAAAGGAGCUCUUCCACACGAAAGGACAACGCGUGCCUUGUUCUUUUCGAAGCAUAUCAUGUUGCGAAUGCUUCUCUACCUGCUCAACUACAUCUUGUUCACUUUCUAUGAGCCAAAGGGGACAUCUGAUCCGGGAACACGGCCUUUGGCAAAAGAGUACGCUCAAGAAGCUCUCAAUCACGCAAUGGAUGGUUUCAGGAACUGUCUCAUGUUUUUCAGUAACGCAAAAGCUAGCGAGAAUGGCAACGGGUCUAUUUUCAAUCAUAUGGAGGUCGUAUUGGCACCUUACUGUCUAGAUGUCGGCCACAGAGCUCUCCAAUUCAUGGUUUGUCUGAUCUUGCGAGCCCGGUGCGGCCCUCUCACCGGUAUGAAUGAAAGUCCUAUUUUGAACAGUGCAGCGAAUACCAGUAGCGAAGAAGAGACAGACAAUGGACAAGCACCCGCACAGAAGAAAGAGUGCGCCGCUGAUACUAACGACCUGGCGAAAGAUAUUGACCUAGACGUUGGGGAAGACCUCGCUGAGAUCUUGAUGACGCGCAUGACUUUGUUCCAUAAACUGACAAAGCAGCUGUCAGUAAAAUUCUACUAUGCUAAACGAAUGAUGAAAUCCACAGGGUUUUUUAUCACUCUUCUUAAAGUACCUUCUGGAAAGCCAAUCUCUGGAGAAGGUGACUCGAGAAAUCCUCAUGGAUCUUCAGGUAUCGCCAAAAUGUCGAGAUUCUUUAAGAACGUGCCAUCUUUGGUUAUGUCUGCCAGCGGCGAUCAAAUCAAGAGAUGUCCAGUUUACCAAGACGCGAUCGGAUUUCUGCCGGCAGCUAAUACGGGAGGGUCUGGGCAGCGAACAUCGUUCGAAAGCUCUGGACAACAAUUACCCCCUUUGUUUCCUGCCUAUCAGCCUAUUACUUACACAAGCAAUGAUUUGCGCCGCACAUCUGACGUCCGAGACUCGGACGCUAAGAGAAGGAAGCUGUCUGCAGGCAACAGCCGACCCGUCUCGCCUGGUGCGACAUCUUUUAAAAACGAUAACUGGAAGCUCUUGUCACCACCUAUAGUUGGUUUAGGGGCUUCACCAGGCCAUUCGCCACUCCCACCAACGUUCAAUAGCGAGCAACCACCAUUGGCGCAGAACCAUAAAAAUGCAAUCAACUCAACGCAGCAAGAAAAGCAGGGAUUUGCAUUACCAUCGGGACCGUUGAUGAGUUUUUCACCCGCCGCCCUGUCAGAAAAUUCCUCGUCUGCAGACUACGCUCCAGACUUCGAAGACUUUUUGAUGCAGAAUUCCAAUUUUAACGGCUUAAUGAUCAACCCUUCGUCGAUCGUUGAAGCAGUUGGUUUUGCUGCGCAUAGUAAUUCGGGCAGAAGCGGUAGUCUUGGGGUUCCUGUCGACUUUUUGCCUAUCGACAACUCUGAAAUCGAUGGCUUGGGUGACCUUACGCCAGCAAAUCCAGGAUUUCCGAUCUGGGAUUGA